AUGGGUAGUUGCGUUGCUGUACCAACAUUUCGUCGAACUUAUCAUGUCGCAAAAAAACAUAAUGAGAAUAAUAUACAACGUUCAACCGUCGAACGUGAAACUUAUAAAGUUUAUUACAAUUCCUCGUCAGAUGCUGAAUCAUCUGCAUGGAGCGCAAUAAAAAAACGACGAAUACAUACACCAAAAACAAAUCGUAUUAAAACAACACGUUAUAAUAUUAUUACAUUUCUACCGAAAAAUCUUUUUGAACAAUUUCAUCGUGUAGCUAAUGUAUAUUUUGCUAUUUUAAUUGGUCUCAAUUGGGUACCGAUUAUCAAUGCUAUUUCGAAAACGGUCGCUUUUAUACCAUUGACAGUUAUUUUAACAAUAACAGCUAUCAAAGAUCUUGUCGAAGAUUUAAAACGAUGGCGAAGUGAUGCAAGAAUAAAUAAACAAAUAGCUGAAGUUUAUAAUAAAACAUCGAAAAAAUUUGUUCAAUGUAGAUGGGAAGAUUUAAGUGUUGGAAGUAUAGUUCGAGUACGAACAAAUCAAAUAGUACCAGCUGAUAUUCUAUUACUUUCUUCAACAUCUUGUGAAAGUACAUGUUAUUUAGAUACAGCUGCUAUUGAUGGUGAAACCAAUCUUAAACAAAAAAGUAUUCCAUCUUGUCUUUUAAAUUAUUCUAAACCUGAAGAAACAACUUUUGAAUUACAAUGUGAUCCGCCAAAUGACGAUAUUUAUCAUUUUUGUGGUCGAAUUCUUUUAUCAACAAGUUCACAUGUUCAUUCAUGUGAUAAUAAUAAUUUUCUUUUACGUGGAUGUGUAUUAAGAAUUACAGAUUAUGUUGAUGGACUUAUUGUUUAUGCUGGUAAUGAAACAAAAAUCAUUAAAUCAUCUCGUCAUACAAUAAGUAAACAUGCACUGAUUGAAAGAUAUAUUAAUCGUGAUGUACUUUGCUCGAGUUUAAUAUUAACUUUCUUAUGUUUACUUGGUGCUGGUUUAUCUAUUCAUUGGGAACGUUCAUAUGGUGAUCGUUGGAUGUUUGUUCCGUUUAUAUUAGAUGAUCCCUUUAAAAAUGUUGUUGGCCGCUUUUUUGCAGCUGGUUUACGUUUUAUAAUAUUAUUUCAAGUAAUGGUUCCAAUAGCGUUAUAUGUUUCAUUAGAUCUUGUUCGUGUUUUACAAAUGUAUACAAUAGGACGAGAUAAACAUUUAAAAUAUGAACAUCCAAUUAGUUGUCGAACAUUUACAAUAAAUGAAGAUCUUGGUCAAAUAGGUUAUGUAUUUUCAGAUAAAACAGGAACAUUGACACAGAACAAACUAGUAUUCAAAGCAAUGUCAAUUGGUGGUGUAAAAUAUUCAGAUCGUUCUGAAUUGCCAACAGAAAAUUCUGAAUUAAUUCAACGUUUUCUAACAGCACUUGCAAUAUGUAACACAUCAUUUAUUGUUCAUGAUCAUCAAGAAUUUAUGCGUCAAAGUGAUUAUCAACCAAAAUAUGAAGGUGAUAAUGCUGAUGAUCUUGUACUUUGUCAAACAGCAUCUAAUUUUGGUGUUAGAAUGAUUUCACGUUCUGCACAAAAUAUUAUUGUUCGUUAUAUUAAAGAAAAACAAGAUAUCGAAUAUGAAAUAUUAUGUUUAUUACCAUUUGAUUCAACAAGAAAAAGAAUGUCAAUUAUUGUUCGAUUAAAUGAUCAAAUAUUUUUAUUUAUUAAAGGUGCUGAAACAUCAUUAUGGCCACAUUUAAGUAAUCUUAAUGAAGUAGAUAUGAAAACAAUAAUUGAACAACAUAGUUUAAGUUUUGCUGAACAAGGAUAUCGAUCAUUAUUAGUUGCAUAUAGACAAUUAACAUUAAGAGAAUUUGAAGAUUGGUUUCAAAGAUAUCAAUAUGCAGCUAAUUCACUUGAAAAUCGUGAUGAAGCUAUAUCUGAUGUUGCCACAGAAAUUGAAGUUGAUUUAAUGUUAGCUGGUUUAACAGCUGUUGAAGAUAAAUUACAAGAUGGUGUACCAAGAGCUAUUGCAACAUUAAGAUGUGCUGGUAUUAAAAUAUGGCUUUUAACUGGUGAUAAACAAGCAACAGCACUAAGUACUGCACAAGCUGCAUCAUUAGUUAAUAUUUCUCAAACAUCAACAUCAGGAAAUACUUCUAUGACUAAUAAUAAUGCACCAGCAACAACUACAUGGGAUUUUAGUGCAUCAGCACAAGCACAAUUAAAUCAAUAUACUCAUAUGAUUUAUUAUAGUUCACAAUUAAUUGAAAUGGAUCAACAAUUACGUCAGUUUUAUUAUUU